AUGGCUUCAACGACGAUCAUGUUCCGACUUCUUUCCAUAGUCCUCCUUUCCUGUUCGGCAAUAUCUUGGGCUUGCAAGGAUGGAGUUGAUAAUGUCAUUAAAGUAACCGACACAACCAACGGAAAGGGAAAGAUCAUAUUUGAGGGUGUCGAGAUCUGGACUUAUGAUAAAGACAAACAACCAUCCUGUGUCGGAUCUUCCGCCAAGAGAAGAGCCAACUUCCUCCUUCCCGGACAUUUCAAAGUCGCGAAAGGACAAGUGAACAUCAAGGAAGGAGUCAAGGAAAAUCCCAACAAGCCUCUUCAACUCGUUUUGAAUGUUGAGAAACAAUCAUGGCUCAUCGGAGUUGUUUGCGAAAAUGGAGUUAGUAAGAACCAGUUUGUUCCCAACGAACUUUGCAAGUUUGACUUCUGUAAAAUUGCUGGAGAAAAAUGCGGAUUAUUGGGCAACAAGACCCCAGGGCCAAUUGACUUGUCUCUUAUUGUAUCUCAAGAUCUCAUUGAUAUUGGUCCAAUGCCAAUUCCUCAACUUGGGGGUGACUGGAAGGUCUCAGCUAAUAUCCUUGACGGUAAGAAGGUUGUAGCUGGUGUUAGACUCGGACCCAAAAACGAUUGGAUUUCUAUUGAGACCGAAGAAGGAGCCGGCGGAGAAGUUAAGUACGAGUCUGUUCCAGGUUCAGAAAACCAUGAUGAACUUUAA